AUUAAUGAACAACCCUAAAUUUAAAAAUUUAUGAAAAAUCAUUGCUCCACAGUCCAGUAGUCCACCCCUUCGACUCACAUAAAUGCAAAAAUGGUAAAAGUGUCGCAAAGUUUCUUGUUAUUAUAGAUCAAAAGUUGUGAUCUACCUUUCAAAGCUUGAUGGCCAAGCUUUGAUCACCACUCCUAAUCGCAGACUGCAAUUAUAAUAUAGAUCUUAUCAAUGUCGGGAUUAUCCUGCGAUUUCAGAUGGCUUCUCCUUAUUGCUGCUGCCGCAUUCAUCUACAUCCAGAUGCGGUUGUUCGCUACACAAUCAAAGUAUGCUGAUCGCCUUGCUUCUGCGGUGGAGGCUGAGAAUGAUUGCACAAGACAGACACGAUUAUUUAUUGAUCAAAUUAGCAUGCAACAAGGACGUAUUGUGGCAUUAGAAGAGGAGAAAAAACGACGAGAUGAAGAAACUGCUCAGCUGAGAGGACUUGUCCAAGAUCUUGAAUCGAAAGGUCUUCAGAGAUUCACAGAUAAUUUAGAGGUACAAGUGGCAGCUGUUGUGGUGAUGGCAUGUAACCGUGCUGAUUACUUGGAAAGAACUAUCAAAUCUAUUUUGAAAUAUCAUGGCUCUGUAUCAUCAAAGUAUCCACUAUUUAUAUCCCAGGAUGGGUCAGACUCAAAUGUCAAAAACAAGGCACUGAGCUACAAUCAAAUAACUUACAUGCAGCAUUUGGAUUAUGAAGCUGUUCGAACGGAAAGGCCUGGGGAAUUGAUUGCAUACUAUAAAAUUGCACGUCAUUAUAAAUGGGCACUGGAUAAGUUGUUCUACAAACAUAAUUUUAGCAAGGUGGUCAUUCUUGAAGAUGACAUGGAGAUUGCCCCCGACUUUUUUGAGUAUUUUGAGGCUGCAGCUAGUUUACUUGACAGAGACGGGUCAAUUAUGGCUGUUUCCUCCUGGAACGAUAAUGGACAGAAGCAGUUUGUGCAUGAUCCUUAUGUGCUCUAUCGUUCUGAUUUCUUUCCUGGGCUUGGAUGGAUGCUGUCUAAAACUAUAUGGGAUGAGUUAUCACCAAAGUGGCCCAAGGCUUAUUGGGAUGAUUGGUUGAGGCUGAAGGAGAACCACAAGGGUCGACAAUUUAUAAGACCAGAAGUUUGCAGAACAUAUAACUUUGGUGAGCAUGGUUCAAGUCUUGGGCAGUUUUUCAGGCAAUAUCUAGAGCCAAUUAAGCUCAAUGAUGUGGAUGUUAAGUGGAAGUCAAUGGAUCUAAGCUAUCUAAUGGAGGACAACUAUUUGAAAUACUUUGCUAGCCUUGUUAAAAAGGCUGCACCUGUACAUGGAAUUUUUGAUGUGGUGAAGGUCAAUGAUGUAGAUGGUGAUGUACGCAUUCAGUAUGAGGAUCAGUCAGAGUUUGAAAGCAUUGCUAGGCAGUUUGGCAUAUUUGAAGAAUGGAAGGAUGGUGUUCCAAGGACAGCAUACAAAGGAGUUGUAGUUUUCCGAUACCAUAGCUCAAAACGUAUCUUCUUUGUUGGCCGAGAUUCCCUAAAGCAACUUGGGAUUGAGUAACCCUGAAUGUAUAUACAGGAUGGUGUUCCAAGGACAGCAUACAAAGGAGUUGUAGUUUUCCGAUACCAUAGCUCAAAACGUAUCUUCUUUGUUGGCCGAGAUUCCCUAAAGCAACUUGGGAUUGAGUAACCCUGAAUGUAUAUACAGGUUUGCAACUAUAUUGUCAUUUAUGAUUUUAAUGUUGUCCCUUGUGUUAGGUUCACAAGAAAAGAGAGAAUGACUUGAGUGUAUUUUUUGGGGCGGUAAAAUUGAGAAAUGAGUAAGAGGUCGCAAUUAGGCUGAAAAUUUCGGCAAGAGCUUGUUCUAAAGGGUGUUGAUGCUGUUGUUAAAUUGUUGAAGCGCAAGCUUCUCAUGCAGUUCUAUUGCUGUUUGAUUAUGCAACAAAAGUUGGACUUGUCAUAGGAUUUUUUAGGUUUUGCAAAUAGUUGUAUAUCGAAUUAAACCCGGAAUAGUAGUGUAGAUCUUUCAGACCAUAAAACCUUCUUGUAAUCUGAUCACGUUGCAUAUUUUAUUAUUGGAUACUACAAUAGACUAUACUAUAGCAACUA